AUGAGCUCCUCCUCCGCCAUCGCGGCUCCUGCCGUGUGCUCCGGCGUGUGGGACGGCUCUACGGUGGACGACGACAUCAUCGAGCACCUCCGCAAGACGCGCCGGCUCCCUGGCGCGAACCUGGUGCGAGCCCGCGCCGCGCCGGCGGGGGAAAUAAGGCCGGCGCCGGAGGAGGGCGAGCACUUCUUCCCUGGCCACUCGCAGGCGGUCACCCGAGCCAUUAAGGCUGAUCGCGAGGCGCGGAGUGCGAAUGGCGAGGAGAUCGCCGCCAACGCCCCCCUGACCGUCGACGAGCAGCUCCUAAGCAUCGAGACUCGUCUGCGGCCGGCCCACCAGCUGCUGCGCCGGCUUCAGCGCGCUGGUGCUCAGGCGAUCGCUGCCCUGUGGCCAGGCAUGCCGGAGGUCAGGUACACGCAGAAGCUCCGGGAGAGGAAGCUGGGCAUCCCCGCGGCGUCCGUGGCCACCGGCGCCGGCGCCGCCACCGCCACCACUGACGGGUCCUCCGCUCGGGGCCGAGGUGGCAGCGGGGCAGGGGCAGCGGGCGAGGAGGACCUUGUGCUACAGGACACCUUUGCGCAGGAGACCGCUGUUACCAUCGAAGACCCCAAUAUGUUGAGGUAUGUGGAGAACGAGCUGUUGAAGAAGAGGGGCAAGACGAUUGAGGUGAACGACAAGGACGACAAGGACGAGGUGGAUGAGCUCUAUGUCGUGCCGGACCACCUGAAGGUGAGGAAGAAGAACAUGGAGGAGAGCUCAACCCAGUGGACCACCGGCAUCGCUGAAGUUCAGCUGCCCAUCGAGUAUAAAUUGAGAAAUAUUGAAGAAACCGAGGCAGCCAAAAAAUUGCUGCAGGAGAGAAGGCUUGCUGGUAAAACAAAAUCAGAUGCAAACAUUCCAUCAAGUUACAGUGCUGAUUAUUUCCAUCGUGGGAGAGAUUAUGCUGAAAAAUUGCGAAGAGAACAUCCUGAGUUGUACAAAGGUCAAGAUUCACAAGCUAAUGAAAAUGGAGGCAAACCAACAGAUAGUAACAAUCCAGGUGGUCCACCUGCAGGACGUAGAGAAGCUGCUACCGAUGAAUUGUUGCUCGAGCGUUUCCGCAAGCGAGAGAAAUUCCGUGUCAUGCGAAGAUAGCAAUAGCUGACCUAGCAGGCUGCUGGCUUGGCGCUGUUGCCCUUUAAGCAGAAAACAUGUUAGUGGCAACACACGAUUGUCAUAUAUGUUGGGUUAUUCCUGAAAACCCACACUAAAGCAGGUAGGCUCCCUUGGUUGGUUACUCUGCUUCUGCAGCUCCUGUUAUGGAGAAAGAAGCACAGACUUAUUACAGAGGAGCUAUGAAACAGAUUUGAGUGGGUCUGUUUCCUUCAUUGUGCUGCAUCGAUCUGGGGGCUUCAUACAGUUUGAAGUGGAUGUCAAAUUGCAGGAGCCACUCUAAUUGUAGACUCUUAUUUGUAGUGUAGGAGGAAACUCUGUUCACUUUACUAUGCUGAAAGAAACUCUGUUCUCAUUUGUGCUCUCUUCUGCUAUGCUAUGCGUGGGCGGCAUCUUGAGCCAAGGGUGGUCGCAGGUUUUUGUGCAUUUUCUUAUGUUCACUUUAGCCUGGUGCAAUUUUGUGCGCAAUAUACGUUCAUCAAUCUGGCCUGCAAGUGCA